AUGCCCAACCGAACCAAGAUGGAGGCUCCCCAUUCCCUCGUGUUGAGCGGCAGUCCACAUUCUGGAACGACAACUUCGCGAGAACGUUUUCAAAAAACAUACCUACUCGCGAUGAGAAUCACGGUCCCCGUCACGAGACCCAUGAUUUUACUUGGAACAGGCUCACCUCAUCGGAACGUUACAUGCACUGAUUCUGUAUCUGGACCCAACACGAGCGCGGGCGGCUUGACGAGAGCAGGCACUGACAAUUUCAAGCCACGCGCGACGUCUCAUCGGCCGGCACUCGCACACAAUCGAAGACUGACACUCGCUAUUGCUGUGCCACUCUGCUGUCUGUUCCUGCUCGCCGUCCUCGGCUGCGUACUCUACUGGACCAGACGUCGGCAACCACUCCGACACGGCACCGGUGGAAGACGGAAAAGUGGUCCAGAAGUCCAUCGCAACAACUUCAUCGAGCCUUCAAACACGCCCCCUCCUACGGAACCGAGCUCAGAAGAGCAGCCUGAAUGGCAGCGGCCCUCUACGGCUAUCAAGAGAUCGGAUGAUGGCUUGUCGAGAAUCACAGAACUGCCUUCGGUGUCUGAUGACACGCCUGGUCACCGCACUUCACGCGAGCUUCAUGAACAGCCACUGUCACCGACUGCACCGCCACCAGAACUUCCUUCUUCACUAAGUUCUCAAUCAGAAACAAUCAAUAGUCCGGACAGCAGUAGCGAUGAUUUUGCCGGACACUUGAGUGGACUCGACGAAGAUCCCUUCUCCGAUCGUGCUGCUACUGCUGCUCCGAUGCCACGCCAGGAGACCUCGCCCGAGAUAUCUCCGUCUUCACUGCCCACUGCUCAGCAUCGACCUCAAAUCGAAACUGCCAGCUCGGUGGGUGCAGCCACGUCUGAGAGUUCUGCUGAACAUCCUGUCACGGCCAUCAAUACGCAAGGACCCAAUAGUGUGAAUGAAGAACAACAGGAUGACGAACCGAGUAGUAGCCGAGCAGUAGUUUCUCGAGCAGCAUUAUUAUCGUCCGAACUCGAACAUUCUUCAAUCGAAAUUGACGAUGGCACUCCUUCGCAAAGUGAUGACCCUCGGCACUUGCAGCCAGCAAGUCACUCCGACGAACCUGUACACCAUCAUUCAUCUAUACUCGAUUCCAGCACUGCUCCUCCUCGCGAUAAUGACACAUCCUGGAAUCCUUUUUCUUCUCCCACUAUACCAGCCACCUCUGCACGUAGCAGCAUCGUAGGAGAGACAGAGUUACCACCUCAGCGUGAAAACAACGACGACGAUGUGCUUGACCAUGUGCAGCAGCAGCCGCCGCCCAGCAACAACAGGGCAGAGGAUACGGCCUCGAGUAGGGAAGAAGAGCACUUUCUCGAUGCCUUUAUUUUGCCGACUCGCAGCAGCAGGAGCAGUAGCAGCAGUCACGAGGAGUUCCCGGCGCCGCCACUCUCGGAUAGAGGCUCUUGGUUGCAUCGUGAGGAGGGGGAAGAGGAAGAGGAAGAGCAAGAUACAGGCGCUACUAAUACGGAGUAGCUGAGUGGUGGUGACACUCCUACUAGAUGAAAGUCCCCCGCAAUAGGUGGUGGUAAUAUUAUGUGUAUGAUUUUAUGGAUGGAUGGCUACAUAUGUGUACUUUUUUGUACUUUCAGGUAGGUAGGUAGGUCGGUAGGUAGUGAGUUGUACUUGAUAGUAG